AUGUCCUGGACAGAGCCAGAGCCUAAGAACAUGGGAGAGCAACGGGAAAUAUUGGGCACUUCAUCAGGCGACUUCAGGUGUAUUUCUAGAGAUUGUCCAGGGGCUGGUAACAAGAAUAGAGAGCCAUCCACAGCCACAAGACGCAGAACCUCUUCUGGCAAAACGGUCCUGCCUCACCCAGAGGUGGCCGAGGAGGCCAUUGGAGGACCACAAAGCUGCAAGUGGCUUUCCUGGGGCCUGCAGGGAAUAGCUGGAGGACGCUUGGAAGGGCACCCACAUUGGGUCUCACAGGAGUCUGCACCUGCAGGUCACGCUGGCAUUAGCCCCUCAUCCUCUGCAGUUCAUCUCAUCCCGGCGAAGAUAGCUGGCUGGCCUCAGAGGGUCUCAUCCGCUGAGCAGUACCUCCUCCCGAUUCAGCACAUCCCUGGUGCCGACUUUUUGCAUGUGUUCACUUUGAGGAUGCAUUGUGGGCCUGCAAGAAAUGUAAAGGUGUAGUGUCUGCUCUUCAGCAUCUUACAGUCAGGUUCGGGGUCAAAAGCCCAGAAAGGUACAGACCCUGAAAACAGGUAUCAAAUAAUGCCAAAGUGAGAUUCCAAAGCAGGGUUUUUAUGAGCACACCAUAGAAUGUCUUAAUAUUCAGGGCUUUAGGAAAUGAAUCAUAUGCAUAAACAUCUUAGUCUAAAAUAAACUCCUUUUCAGACCCAAGAAUAAAGACUUUGCUAUUUCUGUCAAUAGAAAUUAAUCCAUAUCUGUCUGAGAAUUCAGAAGCUGGUGAAGCAUUGAAUUUGCAAUAAUAGGGAGCUCUUAUAAAUCACCAACUGUCAUUAAU